AUGACGACUCUUAGAAUUUCCACUACCCUGUCGCGCAAGGCGCUCACAGUCUGUCGACCUCGACUCUUCAUUGGAGUCCGCGCCAGCGUGCACCCCUUGCAACCAUUUAGCACCAGCACCAGCGCUAGAUACUCCAGACCUGCGCCUUUACAAUCUCUCGCUCCUAAGAUCGAGCGCGGCGGCUCAAAGCUCUUUAAAGAUGCGGAUGCUGCUGUUGCCGAUAUCAAGAGCGGAUCGACAAUUCUUAGCUCUGGGUUCGGUCUUUGCGGGGUUGCAGAGACACUCAUUAAUGCCAUGCACCGCCGAGGUGUUGAUCAAUUGCACUCGCUGACAGCCAUCUCAAACAAUGCCGGCUCCGCGGGUCAAGGAGGCCUUUCGACACUAUCGCAAAAUGGCCAGAUCGACCGUCUGAUCCUUUCAUACCUCGGGAACAACAAAUCGCUAGAAAAGAAAUAUUUGACGGGACGCAUUGCUAUUGAGCUUUGUCCGCAAGGCACGUUGGCUGAACGUCUCCGUGCUGGGGGUGCUGGGAUUCCGGCUUUCUUUACCCCAACAGGUGUCCACACCUUUAUUCAGGAGGGAAAAAUCCCGGUUCGUAUGGAUGAGUCUGGUCACGUCCUGGAGUCUGGCAAGCCACGCGAGACCCGGGAAUUUAACGGCAAAACAUACCUGAUGGAAGAAGCCUUGACCGGUGAUGUCGCCAUCCUUAGAGCUUGGAAAGUGGAUGAGGCCGGUAACUGCGUGUUCCGAUAUACUACCAAAGCCUUCGGCCCAAUUAUGGCCAAGGCCGCAACCCUAACCAUCGUAGAGGCAGAGAACAUUGUCCCAGUUGGCUCUAUCGAUCCCAACGACGUGGACCUACCGGGUAUCUUUGUGGAUCGGAUCGUCCCUGCUACGGAUGACAAGCACAUUGAAAACAGGAAGUUACGCUCGAGCGAGGCUACUGCGGCCGGGUCGGCUAAAGAUGCAGCUCAGAUGCAAAGAGAACUGAUUGGCCGUCGGGCGGCCAAGGAGCUGAAGCCGGGAUUCUAUGUGAACCUGGGUGUCGGUAUUCCCACGUUGGCACCGUCAUUCCUGCCCAAAGAUGUGAAGGUUUGGAUUCAGUCGGAGAAUGGUAUUUUGGGAAUGGGUGAUUAUCCUACCGAGAAAGAAUUGGAUCCCGAUAUUAUCAAUGCCGGAAAAGAGACCGUGACCUUGGUUCCUGGAGCCGCCACAUUCGACAGCACCGAGUCCUUUGGCAUGAUUCGCGGAGGUCAUGUCGACGUGUCUAUUCUUGGCGCUCUGCAAGUGAGUGCCAACGGCGAUUUGGCCAACUAUAUGAUCCCCGGAAAGGUAUUCAAGGGUAUGGGAGGAGCAAUGGAUUUGAUAUCGAACCCGGAUAAGACCAAGAUCGUGGUGGCCACGAGCCACGUCGCCAAGGAUGGAUCGCCCAAGAUUGUACAAAAAUGCAGUCUGCCGUUGACUGGUGCCAAUGUUGUUAGCACUAUUAUCACAGACCUGUGUGUCUUCCAGGUGAAUCGAGCUACUGGAGAGCUCACAUUGACAGAGCUUGCUCCCGGUGUUGAGGUGGAAGAAGUCCAGAGUAAGACGGAUGCCAAGUUCACUAUCGCCGAUACCCUUGAGAUGAUGGAAUGA